AUGUCGGGGCGCGGAGUGUGGCUGCGGGCGCGGGCGCGGCUGCGGCGCUUCCCGGCGGCGCUGGCGGCCUGCGGGGACCAGGCCGCGGCCUACGGGCGGUGCGUGGCGGCGGCGGCGGCGGGACCGGCGGAGCUGCGGCGGGACGCGUGCCUGGAGGAGUUCCAGGCGCUGCGGGAGUGCUUCGCCCGCGCGGCAAAGGCGACGCCCAAGUGACCCCGGAGACGCUCGUGGGGAAUGAGACCCUCAAAGCACCGGUUUGUCCCCAAAUGACGGAGCCCCCCCGGGCCCGGAGCUGCCCUCCCGCUCCCCGGCCCGGAGGCGGCUCAGGCCCGGGCUGGGUGAAGGUCACAGAUCUAUUUUUAUUUAUUAAAAAAGAAACUAAUUCAGAUCAGAAUGCUUCAGCUUAUUUUAUUGAUGGGCUCAGCCCGCACUCCGGGCUCUCCGUGCCAGCGUCCCACCCGCCCCGGGGAGCCGAUCCCGGCGGGACAAGGCAGCUCCCGCCGGCUCCAGCCCAGCCCGGGGUGCCCACGGCAUUCCCAGGAGCAGGAACGUCAGGAGCAUCUUUGGUCCCUUCUGUUCACACAGAGAACAACGAACAG